UGAGGUUUCUGUCCCAGCGUGCCCCGUGCCGCUGCUAGGCAACGGGGCGGCCCGGUGCCCGGCGUGAGAGGAAAGGGCGUUGAUCGAGCCGGCGGGGCGGCGCUCGACGGACGAGAUGGGCGGGGCCUCUUUGGGAGAGGACAGCUCUAGUGACGCGAAUACCGAGAGACGCCUGAUGAGACCUCGGAACUCAGUUUCUUCUGGUCCGGCGCUGAAAAGGCGAGAAGCAACUGAUUCUAUGAACCUGCCAAAUGAGUCCCUGUGGGAUGAAGCUGUCUGCACCUCAGCAGUUUGUCAGCACCCACAAUGCUGGGCAUCUCUCCGGCGGAUCGAGAGGGGCCAUCCUAGGAUCCUGGACACACUCCACAAAUCUCCCAGGGAAAUUGAAGAUAAACUCCCGACACUCACCGUUGUAAAUAUCUCAGAUACUUGCUUGUGGGCCAAGAAGGGGAUGGCUCAGCAACAACCACCAGAAUUUACCUUUCCCAGGGAACGGUCUUUAAUGUUGAAACCAGCCUGCAGGAGUUACAGCAGGUCUCGGAAGACUUCAUUUGACAAAGAUAUGACCAGCAGUUAUUCUGCUAGAACUCCCAAACUUUCAGUGUUGAAUUUGAACGAGGCAACACUUCCUUUCUCUGAAGAUGUCGGAAACAUGGUUGUAACCUGGGUUCCAGAAGGGACGGAGAAGAACAUGAGAUCAGUUGGAAAGUCUAGUGUUUCCAGUUGGCCUGGAAAGAAGAGAAAGAAACUGGGAGAGAAAACCAGGUCAUCUCUGUAUUUCUCUGGAAAGCAGCAUGUAUCAACACACUUGAGAAGUCCAGGGGUGAUUGUUCCUCCUCCCUCCCCAGUGCACUUAUUUGACCAGUUAAAUUCUGAUCCCUUACCACUGUGGGCCCAAGUAAGCAUGCUUCAUCCGGAUCUACUGCAGGAGUGCAUUUUGGCACAUGAGAAAACCAUAGCUUACCCUGAAGUGAAGAUAGAGUUGUCCAAGAUGAGGAAGGAUCUUCCCAUGAAAAAGAGUCGACCUGACAGCGCUAUCUCUUCUACCAUGUAUCUAACUAUCCACCGCCUCACCCUGCAAAGACCAUCGUUGCGGUACCCUGAACAUCAGAAGCUGCAGUACAACCUAAAGAGAGGUCACAGGAAGCAGCAGAAGCAGCAGAAGCAGAAGCAGCAGCAGCAGCAGCAGCAGCAGCAACAGCAGCAGAAGCAGCAGAAGCAGCAGUACCAGCAGUGGCUGCUGCGGCAGCGGCUGCGGCUGCGGCAGGGGAAGGGGAAGGGGAAAACCUCUAAGGAACAGGAGGCUAAGAAGAAAGCCAAGAGUGAGGUUGAGCUCGAGUCCAAUCACAGAAUUCUCCCAGAAGAGGAAAGUGUGCAAACGCAUGAGAAGGAGAUAGAGGAGAAAGAAGCCACCACAGUACCUGAUUCCGUAGCUCAACCGGUGUCGUUUGACUUCGACAAAUUCUACAAGGACUAUUACAGCAUGCUAGAGCGUUCGGAACAGUAUGACCCAGAGAGUGAUGUGGAUGACGCUCCGAUGGGAAUUCUGAGUUCCAGGCAAGAGGAUAGCUCCCUCGGCCUUCCCGGAAGUCCAGACAAAAUGGACUGGAACCCUGAGCUCAAACUGCUGAGGAUUCUUCAGUCCAAUGUGGAGGAUGAUGAGAACAAUCUCUCUAGGACACACAGUGAGGCAUCUCUAGAGGCGAAGGAUUGACGCUCUUACCUGGGGCGUCCUUAGCCAGAGCAGUUCUGGGUAUUCUAAGGACAACAACCUUGGAUGUAGGAGGGAAAAGGGGAGGAUUUUGUUCUCUGGAUCCUCCAUCAGGACCAGGCUUAGAGACAAUGCUUUCUUCAUUACCUUUAAAAUGAAUGAGGAAGAAAGCCCUAAUCCCACAAAAGAUAGGCAACUUUCCCUGGGCAUUUCCGGGGUAUUUCCAGAAUUAAAUAAAAUCCCUUCUAUCAAAA